AUGAAUGCAAUAAACUCAGGUCCUUCUAUCUUCCUGCCCAACCUGCCACCUUUUCUGCCUCUGGGUUCGAGGCCAUUCCCCACGGGCGCCAUCAUUCGAGUUCCUGGGAUGCCGCCCAUGGUAGCUGGGGCACCCAUACCACUGGCACCAGGCGAAACCCUGCCUCCUUAUAUGCCACCGCCAAAGAACCUGGCCACGGCGACUCAGAAAGGGGUAGCUGAGCAACAGCCCUCACUUUCGGCACCCACGUCGUCGCCUUAUCAGGCACCGAUAGUGCAAAUAGACAAGCAACCUCCGGCGCCUCUCAUCAUACUGCCCACUGCGGGUGGCUCCGGUGGCUCUUCAGCACCCACAAUUGUACCCACACCGAUACCGAUGCCCAUGCCGAUGCCGAUACCAUCGCCGGCGCCCGCUGGCAGCUCAUCUCAGGGUCCGAUCGUCAUCGCUCCCCAGGGAUCCUCGUACCCACCGCCCCCUCCUCCACUUACGCCUCCGCCUCCGCCUCCCCCACAACAGCAGCAGACGACGAGCAUCCCGGAAGUUAUGGCAAUCAUGGCGAUGAUGCGCCAGUUCAGCACUAUGGACGGCGCGUUCGACGAUGACGACGACUCGAGUGAAGAACACAGGGAGUCGGCCAAGGGGCGGAAGAAGGACAAGAAAAAGAAGAAGGAAAAGGGGAAGAGGAAGAAAGAGCGCGACAAGGAGCGGGCUCGACGCGAGAAAGCUCGCAACCAGGCCGAGAUGCAGAGGCAGGAGCUGCUGAAGAAACAGGAAGAGGCGGCUAAGCAGAAGCGUCAGCAGCAGCCAAAGUCCAAAGCUGACCGGCGCAAGACUAUAGCGGAAGCUGGCUUCAACCAAGGUUUCUGUUAG